UGACGUCGUUCUUUCAUUUGUUACGUCAUUUACUAUAUAUUAUGAUGUCAUAAUUUACCGAUUUUUUUCUGACGAGAUGCAAUCUGAAAGCAAAGAAAAAAUGGAACAGGGGAUCAAAAAUGGGUUUUCUGUGUACAAUAAUGACAAUACACAAAAACCUACUAUGGUAAAAUAUUUUUACUUUGAUAAAGACGGGCGACAAUUAUCAGAGGAGGAUGUACAGAAGCUAAAGAUAAAUGUGAAAGGCAACGUUGUGCUUUCUUCGGGCCUUGCAGGAGCACCCAUCGAUGGAAAUUUCUUAGACUCGCAAGGAAACUCCUUUGAAAAUGGUACCCAGAAAACAACACCCCAGCAAACUUCUGUUAUAAAAACCGAACCUGUUAGACAGAGGUCUGUCAUUCCAAACUUCCAGGCAAGUCAUAAUGGGCAGAUUUACCUUGUUACCCCAGAUGGCGGAUUAAGACCUGCUGAAGAAAGUUCUGAAAUAAAAACCGAACCUGAUGACCAAGAGAAGAAAAAUACUACGGAGAAAGUUAUGCCAGGAACUAACAUAGAAUACCGCAACCGUGGAACAAACCAUCUGAACAGAAAUGGAAAAAUAAAGAGGCCGAUGAAUGCUUUUAUGCUGUGGGCAAGAGAAUUUCGAGGCAGAUUGGCAGAGCAGAUGCCCAAUGCUUCCAAUGCUGAGAUCAGUGUGGGGCUUGGACAAGUGUGGGCUAAUCUUCCCACACCUGAGAAACAACAUUUCUACCUUGAGGCAGAGCGAGUGAAAAACCAGCACAGGAGAGACUUUCCAGGUUGGAUAUAUCAACCAAACAUCACAAAACGUCAGAACUCGAAAGACUCUCAGCACGCUCGCAUGUGGCAAAGGUUUGUAACCAACAAGGAAGCAGACGGCAAAGAACAAGGCAUGGAGACAAAAUUUCGACCAAUUGCUCCAGCACCUCCAGACAGCCAGUCUUCUGGUAACAUCAGCACAAAGGCCUACUCUACAGGUACGGAUGAUGAUAAAUUGUCCCCUCCCAAAUCAUCUGUCAAAAUAGGAGACUCCCAAAUGAGUAGCGAAGUAAAAUCUAACACAAUGACAUUAGAUGAACAAAAACAUCAACAAGACUCUAAGAUUGAUGCCCAGACCAUACAGUCUACUGUGAAACAAGUAAUUGUUUCAUCAAGUUCUCAGCAAAGGGUUUAUAACCAUCCACUCCCAGUCUCAACAUUCAAAGAAUUUAAGCAGGAUGUGAUGUCAUCUGAACAGUUGAAGAACACUGCAACAUGUGUCCAUAAUGGACCCCAGUUACAAACAGGUAUCAGAAAAGAUGUAGCUCCGAUUAUGUCUACUCAUACCCAGCCUGCUCCUGUAUCUCGCUCUCACAUGAUGUACAGAGACCCAGUAGCAAUGGCAGCAACUGGAACACAGGUUGACUACACAAGGGGGUUCAGCAAACAACCAAUACCAGUCCCUGGAUACCAAACCGCUAGACCUGGACGACCCAGUUCUUAUGGCUUGAAAUAUGAUUACACACCACUGUCCAAGAUCAGUUCAUUUGUUCCCAUGACAAGACCAAGGGUUUCAUCCACAGUUGUUACACCAUCGACAGGACAAGUCAAUCAACAACAUCCACAAAAACUCCUCACUCAGGAGACAUUGGGAGCACAUUUACCAGUAAAUCAGACAAUGCUGAAUCAGUUUGCCCCACAUCAAGGGAAUGAAACACAGCAGAAAACAAAACAAGCAGUGCACCAAAUGACAGCUAAUGAAAGCCAUUCCCCUGACGACCUACAGCAGCCAAUAGCCAUACCCACACUUCCUAACCUUCCAGACAAGGCUGACCCCCUGUGGCCAUUCCCCUUCCCUGGGGUGGAACAAGGGCCACAGACCCAUCUCUUGUACCAAGGCAAUAUUCCCGAAACUCAUACCAAGAGUGUUUUAUCUGAUCCAUACGCUCCGUUCUACUUUGAUAAUUACAUCAAUCCAGUCAGACCGACGGAGCUGCAGGUUGAUGUUAAUGGAUGGCAACAAUACCUCAAUGACGACCAUACAAAUGCUCCCAUCAAACAAACAGCCAGCUAUUUCCCCACAGUGAAGCAGUGUCCCAGUGACAUUGAAAUCUGUCCCUCCCCGGCCUCCCACACCCUCAGCAGAAACCAAAUCAAGCCGACCUCUUCGGGGACUGAAUUGUCCACAUCUACAAGUUCUGAUAGGCUCAUCAACACAUCAAACACGGCAGUGCUUCAGGAAGUUAAUACCAAUAAGCAACACGGGAGCUCACCAUCGUCAAUUGAAAAAUUAAGUUGUCCGUCCACCUCUCAAGAAUCUAUGUUGUCAGAAAAUCUAGAGAAACAAAAUCAGAUGGUGGUUAUUCAAACAACUGGUAACAACCAAAGGGUAGCUGAAGAGAAUGAGAUUCAUAUUACUCCACUGCAGACUCCGUCGGGGCAUCAUAUUGGCACCAUGGUUCAAAACUUUGGAAACAAUGAAGUGUCAAUCAAUCCUGUGCAUUAUGGUGGUGAAAAUAUGUACCAAUGUAUACCCCAACCAGCACCUGGUGCAUGCCCAAGAAGUCAAGGAAAGGGUGUAGAAUUUGGCUCCAUUAUGUCCUCUGCAUUUCACGCCAUUAAUGGGGACUUGGAAACUUUUGAGAACAACUUGGAAAAGUAUCCAUUACCUGGGUAUAAUGAAACUGUGUCAUGUGUCUAUCCACAGCAUGAUGUUCCACAAUAUGUGCAGCCUUCCACAUCCAGUGAAAAUUUUCAGAUGAUUUCAAAAUAUCAAGAUGAAAACAACAGACCUAUCAAAAAGAGGUCAUAUAAGAUUAUCGAGGGGCUGUUGGAAAAUGAAGUGUGGAUGACACAAAAUAGACCCAUGAAGGCAGUCUCAGCAACUGAGCAAUCAUUCAGUGAUCUGGAAUUCAAAGAUGAUGCAAAAGCCUCAAAAAGUGAUGAUGAACUACUGAGGAAAGGAAAGAUUACAAAAGAUCAAGAACAGGUGCAGGGUAUGGAAGAGGAAGAAGAUAACACAAAUGCACAAGAGCCAAUGGUAGAAAGAAAUGACAUGAUUCAUUGUCAUAUAAAUGAGUUGCUGGAGACUAAUUCUGAGACUGAAACAAAUAAUACAAACAUUCAUGAACAGAAAAAUUCAACUGCAGCCAAUGAAGAUAACAAUGAAAGUCCUCCAAUAAGAAAGGAAGUUGAUCUACAGAAAUUUGAUCAGGAGAAAAAGGGAGAUAAUUCUGGGGAGGACACUGUGGAAGAAAACAAUCAAGAAAAUGAAUCAGUAGAUGAGUUUCUGUCGGGCAAUAAUGAUGAAACUGAAGUUUCCAAGGUAAAUACAGAAACUGUAACAUGUGAAGAAAACUUUGAGAAUAAAUCUCCUGAAAUUGUUGUAAAAACCGAAGCAGAUGAUGAGACUGAUAAAGGAACUUCUGGUUAUAGUGAAGUUGCUGAAUCAAAAGAAGAGCUUUCCAAAAUUGAGCUGGUGAUUGAUAAUGCAGAAGUUAUGUCCCCUUCUAAUUGUGAGGAACAAUAUCUUAUUUCAAAUGACACUUCUGCAGAAAUUUCUGGUGAAAUGGAAAAUCAGUUACAUCAACUGAGCAAGCCUCAAUUAUCUGAAAUCUUGGAGGAUGAGAGUUCUUCAGAGAUAGAUAAACAAAACACAUCCGAGUCUAAUCAUCAAUACGAGGAAAUCUUCAAAUCGGUUCAACUUGUGAAAAAGAACAAAACAAAAUAUACAAUUCUGGAUUCUGAAAAAAGCUGUGAGGAAACCAAGCAUCAUCUAGACUAUCCCAACUUAGAAUCUGGCGAUGCCACAGCAAGUGUGAAGAGAGUUGCUCUUGAAGAGGAGGAACCACUGCCUAGCUUUGUAAAGUCCAGAAACAAGAGACGGCAGCCGUACGAUUCCCCCGUCAGGGCAUCAAAGCGACUCAGGCAUUGACUGCAAAUUACCCUAAAUAGUUGCACGUCAUUUAGUUGAAAUUUACAAUCAUUUAUUUGAAUACAUUGGUAUUUGUUUUUUUUACACCACCAAGUGUAACUUUAAAUGGAUAAACUAGAAUGAAAUUAACAGUAUUGCAAUUGAAGAUUUACUAGCAUGAAAAUACGAAGACAUUUUACGUAAAAGAUAACAAUUCUUCUUUGUUUUGACUGUUUGUGUAAUAAGUAACAACCAAGCCAUUGUUUUGUACACAGAGAUUACAUGCAAAUAUGUAAAAUAGAAUGAAUAUUUUUAAUGUGUUAAAUAAAGUUAUCUAAUUAG